GUCUUUCAGGAAGCUUGCCUCUCGCCGCCGGUGGUGGGUUCCUCCUGAGCAGCGCUUCCUAUUGCGGUGUCGCUGGCCUGGUCUGUGCGGGUCUCCCCUGCGUCCCGAUGCUUGGCCUUGUGCUGGGACCAGUGCUCCUGCUGCAGCUCGCAGCAUCAGGACAGUCGGAGCAGCACCAGGGAUUUCCUGAAAAACUUGUGUUAUCUGGGCAAACCUCAGCCAGAAACUUUAGUCCCGGGAGAUGAAAAUACCACGUUUGUAAUUUAGGAGUUGAUAGCCUCAGAGCAACUCUCAAGGUCUUGAAGCCUCCUCUGAAAGGAUUUAGCUUCAUGGUCAUAAUCCCCAGACAGGGUUCAGGGGUGCAGUGUGACAUUUGGAAACUUAGGAGCCAAGCCUGAUAGCUUUUUUGUUUUAAAGAAACCGCCCAUCAUGUACUUAGCUUGAAUGAUUAUUUCAAAGUGCAUGUCCUAUUUUUGCCAAUCUGACAGCUGUUUCCAUAGAAACGAGAAAAAAAUAGACGUUUUCAGUGAGAGUUAAGUGUCUUCCAGACAUCAGCUGUGAGUGCCAGUGAAUGCAGUACUUGCUCAUUCUGAGAUGGCACUUGAAGAAUUAAGGGUUUUGGGAUGCUCUUAGGGGCUAGCAAUCCAAAUUGUUCAAUUUUCACACAUCAUUAAUUUCCUAAUCCUGCAAGUCUGCCAGCUAUGUUUGUUGGUCUGCCGUGAUUCCUUGAAGAGCACAUAGCACCCCAGUUCCAUCUUAGGUGCUGUGCAGUGUGGUGAUUGGCUCUUUGAAAAGAUAACCGAGCAAGAGCAAGAUGAGCUUCCUUUAUGGACUGCAGUGUGCCUCGAGAAACCGUUUCGUCUCUGGAGUGCAUUCCCUGGCCAGCUGGAGACAGUGGAAACCACCAGCAGGUUGUCCACAAGUGCGAAGGACCCGAGUAGUGACUGCAGGCUGGGGACUUAACACAGUCAGCCAGUGUCGUUCGGUGACCUUACUACCUGGCAACUUGCAUUUCUGUAGGACUCUCAGCAACGGAAAAUCAGGAUGCUUCUCAAAUGCCCAAGGCCGGGAAAUGGGGACGCUUACCUGCAAAUGUACUGUGUGGGAUGAUGCUUUUCCAAGGCGAGGAGCCAGGAAAGCGGUUGGCAAUCUUGCUCUUACCGUCCCAUGUGCUCAGAGCUGCCCUUCGGUAAGAGCUUCCCGAAGUUUCCACACAUCUCCACCGGUUCAGGCCGCCCCAGUGCCUCUCCUGCUGCUCAUUCUGAAACCAGUGCAGAAGCUCCUUGCCAUCAUUGUGGGCAGGGGCAUAAGGAAAUGGUGGCAAGCACUUCCUCCUAACAAGAAGGAGCUAUUUAAAGACAGUGUGAAGAAGAAUAAAUGGAAGUUGCUCCUUGGUCUGAGUGCCUCUGGGAUGCUGUUCCUAGUGUUUUAUUUCACGCACCUGGAAGUGAGUCCUGUGACCGGAAGGAGCAAACUGUUGUUACUGGGGAAGGACCACUUCAGACUUCUGUCAGACAUGGAAUACAAAAUGUGGGUGGAAGAAUUUAAAAACAAUAUGCUGCCUGAGAGAGACCCCCGGUUCCUGACUGUUAAAGAAGUGGUGUAUCAUCUAACACAAUGCAAUCAAGAUGUCCCAGGGAUCUCUGAGAUCAACUGGGUGAUUCAUGUGGUUGAUUCCCCAGAUGUAAAUGCCUUUGUUCUUCCAAACGGACAGGUGUUUGUUUUCACUGGGCUUUUGAAUAGUGUAACGGAUACUCACCAGCUCUCCUUCCUUCUGGGCCAUGAGAUUGCACAUGCGGUCCUGGGGCAUGCUGCAGAAAAGGCUAGCGUGGCUCACUUACUGGAUUUCCUUGGCAUGAUUUUUCUCACAAUGAUUUGGGCUGUUUGUCCACGAGACAGCUUGGCACUUCUGGGCCAGUGGAUACAAUCAAAGUUACAGGAGUAUAUGUUUGAUAGACCAUACAGUAGAACACUGGAGGCGGAAGCUGACAAAAUUGGACUACAGCUUGCUGCGAAGGCAUGUGUGGACGUAAGAGCCAGUUCAGUAUUUUGGCAGCAGAUGGAGUUUUCUGAGAGUCUUCAUGGCUACCCUAAGUUGCCAGAGUGGCUGUCGACACACCCUUCUCAUGGGAACCGAGCCGAAAACUUGGACAGACUCAUACCACAGGCUGUCAAACUUCGGGAGGCCUGUAAUUGUCCUCCACUCUCUGGACCAGACCCUCGGCUGCUGUUCAAGCUCACUGUGAAGCGUUUUCUUGAGGACUCAGAGAAAGAGGACCUAAAUACCACCGUUAGGAAACAGAAAACAGAAGCUCUCCCCAUUCAGAAGCAGGAACAGAUACCGCUGACAUACAUAGUUGAGAAAAGAACUACAAGCUGAACUAAAAUGUAUGAGACUUGGGCUACAAAGAAUAUAGCCAUACUCAUCGUUUUUAUGCGACUCCUAAAAAUGAUGUUUCAAAUGAACAAAGAGGGAUAUUCAAGGUCAAGUCAUGUAUAUUACAGAUGUCUGAAUUUUUCUAGAUUCUUAUCUUUCAUGAAAUACUGAUGUGUUUUAAUCUAUUUUAAAAUACUUACAAUAGGGAAAAUGUCAUAGAAUAAAUUUUAUAUUGUGCA